UUACAAGGAACCCUCUCCUCUCUGGACUUUGUUGGCAUGUAACGUACAUACAUCAAUCAAGAUUGGCUCUUUAAUCCAUUCAUCAAUGAUUUAUUAAAAGCCCCAUCCCUUUCUGGAUUUUGUGGGUGUUAUUUCAACUAGGGAAAUAGAAAUCAAAUAGACCCCUUACUCCUCUAAAUCCCCACACCCAUCUCUCUCUCUCCUCAAUCGAAAGGUUUUUUUUUCCCAUCUGGGGUUUCUCUUUCUCUCUCUAGAAUUCUGUUUCUAGCACUAUCUUGAUGACUGUUGUUGUGUAAAAAUUCAAUCUUGAUUAUUGGUACCUGAUUCUUGACUUGGGACUGAUUAAAGAUUUGAUUUUUAGGAUUGGGUUUGCCAUUUCUUGGAGUUUUCUUCAGAUCGGUGCUUUGUCUGAUUUUAAAUGUAAAAGGGGGACUUUUUUUGUAUGUAAAGUUCUUUUCUUUCAUGGUUGGACUUGUGUUUCUGGUUUAAUUGUCAAGAUAGGAUCUUUUUACUUGACUAAUUAGGUUUUCACUUGAUGUGAAGAUUUAUAUUUGUGUCUUUUACAGUUUUACUGACUCUUUAUGUGCUUAUCUUGGUGCAUUUGGGAUAUGUGUUAAUGGCAAAAUUGGGUUUUAAUUUGACUCAAAGUGGCUAUAGAAAAGUAUAUCAAGUCUUGACUUUGGUUGUGAUAAGCAAUAAACCUUGGUUUGGAUUAUGUAAUUUCUAUUCUCCCCACUUCACCUUACUAGGGUUUUUAGUUUGUAUUUGAAGUUGAAUUUGAUAAAGUCUAUGGAUUAUCUUUUACUGUAUCUGCUAUUCAACGGAUUAUCUUUUACUGUAUCUGCUAUUCAACGGCGAUUUGAUGUUGUGCGAACAUGGUUGGGCAUAUAGGAUUUUGAUACUGAUUAGUUCUUGUGGAGUUAUUGUCUCCACAUAGGUUUCAUCUGAAAAUCGUUGCUCUGGUUAUUGGUUCCAUGGUGCUUAACUUUUGGCUAGGAAGCAUAUCAUUCUCUGAGCAAUGUCGUUACGUUUGACAUUACACUGAAACUAGUCAAUCUACCAUAUCUGAUGAUGUUGCUGUCCUGAUUGUGAAGGGAAUUUCCUUUUUGUAGUAGAAUAGUAUAAAUAAUCAAGUAUUGCUUUCUGAUUGUGAAAGCUGGAGCUUUUGGAAAGUCAGCAAGGCCAUUAAAAGUAUCUGGAAAAUGGUCCCAGGUUGCAUAUUUUGGUGUCUUUGGACAGAAAGGAAUCGAAGAUGUUUUGAUGGCAUUUCAACUCCUAUUCACUCUUUGAAAGCUAGAUGUCUGGUGUAUCUUUUUAGUUGGAGUAAUAUCUCCCCUGUAAAUAAUGUUAUCCCCUUUCUAGACUUUAUUGGCUCAAUGAGCCUAGCCUGAUGGCCCUUUUUUUUGGUUAGCUCCCUAUGAUUAGAAUACCACAUGAUGUACUGGAGCUAACAUCUCUUCUUUUGUACUAACUGCAUCUUCUUGAUGCCAGCAAUACAACACCUUACUUCAUCAAAAAAAAUAAAAAUAAAAAUAAUCAAGUAUUGCUUUCUAUUGAGCUUAUUAACAAAAAAGGUAUUUCUUAGGCUCAAAGGAAAUUUCUGUGCUACUGGGUCGAUAGUAUAAGUUCGGAAAGCUAGAGCUGAAUGUCUGAUUGGAAUAGUCAAGUGUAGUAUUUCAGCUUGAGUAUCAGAAGAGAUUUUAUUUCACAUUUUGUCCAAUUGUAUUGACUAAUAUGGAGAAGAGAAGUCUACGAACUUUUGUGGUUCUCAGACACAUGUUAUCCGCAUCUGGUGGAUUAGCACAAUUUUCUUGAAGAUGGCCUGAUCAUUUUGAGCAGCUCUUUAGUUGCUUGUGUCUUAUGAUUGUUUGAACUAAUGUUGAAGGAUUGUAUUCUGAUGAUCUUUUUCUGGCCCUUUUGCAGGAUCCAAUAAUAAGUUGAUUGUCUUCAACAUCUGAACUACCUGCAAAAACUACUUGCGUGCACUUGCCAACUGAUCCUAGGAUUAUACUUAUAUUUGGCUAUGGCAACUAAUGAAAAUCUACCACCAAACGUGAUAAAACAAUUGGCGAAGGAAUUGAAAAAUCUUGACGAAACUCCUCCCGAAGGCAUCAAAGUAGGUGUAAACGAUGAUGAUUUUUCAACCAUAUAUGCUGAUAUCGAGGGCCCAGCUGGAACCCCCUAUGAGAACGGGGUUUUCCGCAUGAAGUUGAUUUUGACACACGAUUUCCCUCAUUCCCCACCCAAAGGUUAUUUUCUGACCAGGAUUUUUCAUCCCAACAUUGCUUCCAAUGGCGAAAUUUGUGUCAAUGCUCUGAAAAAAGAUUGGAAUCCUAGUUUGGGCCUACGACAUGUUCUCAUGGUGGUAAGGUGUUUACUGAUCGAGCCAUUUCCAGAAUCUGCGUUAAAUGAGCAAGCUGGUAAAAUGCUGCUUGAUAAUUAUGACGAGUAUGCUAGACAUGCAAGGCUUUAUACCAGUAUUCAUGCUAAACCAAAGACUAAGUUAAAAACAGGAGUUAUAUCCGAGUCGACUACAGCCCUAAAUGUUGGCCAGACAAAUACUUCACCGUGUAACGUUGAUCAGAAGACUGCAAUAUCUGGAGUUACACCUCUCCAACAGCCUUCUCCAUUAGCCCCUACAGCUAACAUUGUAAAAGGAGGAAACAGUCUAGACCAGCCGCCAGCCCCAGGUUCAACUGCGGACUCAGCGGUUAGUGGAUCAGCAGCACCACCAUCGGUAACCCUGAAGAAGGAAGCUGGAUUGCAUAAACUCCCUGCAGAUAAAAAGAAGAUUGAUGCAAGAAAGAAAAGCUUGAAGAGAUUAUAAACUUUGUUUUAAAGGGGGGACUAAAUCUUGUUUUCUCUUGGUUGCUUUUAUUUGAUAGAUAAAGAAACAGUUCUACAGAACUGAGCUUGUAUUAUGUCCUGAUAAAUGAAAUGGAUUCUUUGAGAUGUUCCUUUCAA